UCUCCUUCCAACUCUCUUCAUAAAUAAAUACCCCUCCAUCUCCCCACAAUUCUCUCAUUCCCAUGCUACUCCCUCUCAGUUCUACUUCCUCACUCUCUUAUCCUUCCCCCCAACUCUCCUCCUUUCCAUUUUCUUCAAACCACAAAAUUAAACCAUUAUUUUUCACCAGCAACAAUGGCAAUUAGAAAGCCAUCAAAACUGUCUCAAACCGCAGUUCUGAAGCAAAUUCUCAAGAGAUGUUCAAGCUUAGGCAAGAAACAUUGCUACGACGACGAAGAUGGACUCCCUCUUGACGUUCCCAAAGGUCACUUCGCCGUUUACGUUGGUGAAAACAGAAGCAGAUACAUUGUCCCAAUCUCAUUCUUGACUCACCCUGAAUUCCAAUGUCUGCUUCGACGAGCUGAGGAAGAGUUUGGGUUUGACCACGACAUGGGCCUUACUAUCCCUUGUGAAGAAGUUGUCUUUCGCUCUCUCACAUCUAUGCUUAGAUGAAAAAGGAUAAAUAUAUAGUUGUGAAAGCUAGCCGAGCGUUUCAAGCUUGCCUCGGAGAAGAUGGCCAAGAGAAGCAUAUAUAGCAGCAUUAUAUAGCUCUAGUCUUCUCUUUUUUUAACAUCAUUCUUCAUUGUGACUCUUGAUCCCUCCUUUUUUGUGGUUUUUUGCUACUAUGUUGAACCCAUUAAUUUGGGUUUUUUUAUGUUUAAUUAGUCACUUGUAACCCUAACUUAAGACCCAAUAACUGAAAUUUUCUGGGUUAGAUAAUUUGUAUA